CUCACCUCAUCGGGGUAUCAUCAAGGCUACCGUGGUGAUUUGCGGCGACUGAGCAUUCGCUCCCGCGUUCCAAACCUUAUGCCUGGCAUGUGGUAUCACAUCUCCAACGCCAACGAGUACCUCGUGGUCACUGGCGCUGGCGUCGACGAUGUACGGAUCGUCAAGAAAGCCUUCGUCUACCCAUGGCAGCGCGUCGCUCGCAUCUCCGUCUCGCCCUUUGACUUCUCCCUCAACAUGCAGGCCAUGACCAUUGAGAAGCUCCAAUUCGCCCUGCCUGCCGUCUUCACCAUUGGCCCAGACAACAAGCCUGAAGCUCUCAAGAAGUAUGCGUUGCUCCUCAGCGGGAACCCAGAUGGCACCCCUUCCGCGGGCAAGAAACCGGGCCAGGCCAUUGUGCCGACCCAGCGAGGCCAUGUUCAAGACAUCGUCAAAGGCAUCAUCGAAGGUGAAACCCGGGUCAUCGUCUCGAGCAUGACCAUGGAGGAAAUUUUCAAGGAACGACAGGUCUUUAAGCAGAAGGUCAUUGAGAAUGUCCAAAAUGAAUUGGACCAGUUUGGCCUGCGAAUCUACAAUGCCAACGUCAAGGAACUUCAAGACACCCCGG